CCCCAAACAGCCUCCUUACUUCCUUUCUAAAGAAGAAAUCGGUAACAUUAAUGCAAUUUUUGUUAACGAGGGCUUGGCAUCUCAAAUUGCCAACCCUGCGGCCUUCUCGUGGGGUUUAGUUCUACACACGAUGAGGGAACUCGCUCUUACUGAAAAGGAAACUCGAGAGCUGGAGCAAUUCCACAGUGCAAUUGAUUCGUUCCAGUCAAAUACACCCCAUGCUGGUGAAGGAGCUUCUGACACCUCUCUGUACGAGGAGUUACUCGACUGUGUGCGGACACCCAAAUAUACAACGGAUGAAUCAAUUGAUAUCCUCACAUCCGAGACUGUCAAAAAUUCGGCGGUCGAUGCUAUCAUCUCAUUGGCGACAAGCCUUGGAUCUACGUCCGCAGUUGACGAUGCAUUCACCAAUCAGUGGACUCGAGCGGCGCUGUUAGACCUUAUUCGAACUGCCCUGAUAUACAUGGAUUAUUCCCCUGAGGUUGUGGAAUCGGUGUUAGCAAUACUCUCUGGGCCAUCCGCAGAAUCUUCCUGGCUCCCGAACACCCUCCCAGCUCAGCCCAGUGACCCACGAUCUAUCUUCAGGAAAGAUGAUGUCCUGAUGAACAACAUCUUUCGGGUAGCUCGUUCACGAUUUCCGUACGAAAUGGUGCCAUUUUUGAGAUUGUGCAGGGCCCUCAUCAGCAAAGACAUCGUUAACGAAGAGGGUCUCCCCGACCUCAUUAAUGAAUUAGAAAGCAUGGAAACAUUCACGCAAAUGGUUCCUGCUACCUUUCAAGGAUAUGAGACGAUUCGCGAAGACGAGAACGCAAACCUCGUUAGACUUGCUCAGUCGCUUCCAAUGAUAGGCUCGGCUGCUCACCAUGAAAUUCCGGAUUAUCAGCCUAGUAAUGCUUUGGUUGUUACCGGCUCGUCUCAAGUCCCCGCUGCGACAAUUGGCCAAGUGGUGUCUGAAUCUAAACCCGCGGUUGUUAUGUGGCAGCACGAGUACUCCUGCCUAAGCUAUCUCGGAAGUUGGCUUGAGCAAUGGAAUGAAAGCGGAGGGUCUUUGACCGAAGGGGGUGAAGAUGCUAGCGCAGAGGCCAUAGGAUUGCUAGCAGAUCUUCUCGUCGCCACCAGGGAAACCCAAAGGGACAAUGAUUCUGGCGCCAAGAGGAUCCUGGAGCUUGCCAGUGAUGGACUGGCUCGUCAAAGCGAUAUAAUUUCCGUGAUCUUUGAGAUCUUCGAGCGCAAUCUCUCCAGCAUGAGCACCAAGACUGGGUCGGACAGUGUUUUGGAAUCCACUAUAGCCUGUUUGCGUUUCAUCUGCGCGCUGAUUACGGUUUUGCCUGGCAGGGUCUGGCCUUUACUUUGCCGAAGUGACUUGCUCGGUUCCGAUGGCAAGGGGGGUAUCAUGACCGUUAUCGUUUCUGGAUUAGAGGUAACGUCGGGUGAUUAUCCUUUCCUUCUUGCCUGUAUCCGUCUAUUCGAGGCCGUCGUGGACGAUGCUGCCUCUCGUGCCAUACUGAGGAAGAGCCCCAACACCAUGGGUGGCAAGAUAAUGGCUGUUUCCGACUGGACUUCUGGUGUCCCGUCCCAUAUGAUGAGAGGCGCUUUGCUCAACUUCGUUCGGCCAAUGGUCGAAGUCUACAACAGCAGCAUCAAUUGGCGGUUCAAUAAGCCGGAGCAGAGGUUUGACCUCAAUGCCGCCCUAGCAAAGGCGUUCGAACGAAUCCUUUACUUCGUCUAUGGGGCCAACGAUACGUCUAAGCUUGAAACAAAAGCAACUGGCAUUUUCUCCUCCUCGGCGACUUAUUUACUAGAUGUUCUUCGCCCUCGUUCUGCUGCCGAUCUCCCAUUCAACCCAAUCCUUAGGCUUGUUGUUGAUGGCCUCCAAACACCUCCCACGCUAUACCUUCGAUACUUGACACUGGUUGAAAGCCAGGUAGUAUCAACUUUGGAGCUCUCAACCAGACUUUUGCAAGCAGCCCAGCUGGUCGAGAGUCCUCCAUCAUUGCUAGAAGAACAGCUUUUCAAGGCGACUCCGGUUCUUGUAAAGUUGUAUGCGCUUCACGAUGCAUACCGAUCCCCGGUUAUCUCAUUGUUGAUUACCUUGGUAUCGGGAGCUGCUCUGGACCCGGCGAACGAACCACCGUCUCUAGUUGGUCAUCUAGGAGCCGAAUCAUCUUGCCUCUUCUUAGACGUCUUAUCCCAGUUCGACAAGCCUCUAAGUGAUCGAGGCUUGCAGUUGGCAGUGUGGCACAUGCUGUCAGCUUUGGUCAGCAAGCGCCAACAAUGGCUUGCUGUCUACAUUCUUACCGGCUCUUCUCCUCGACAGACGUUGAAGAAGACAAUUGCUAGCCAGAGGGCCCCAGCAAUGAGAGGGGCGCCAUUCUUGAAGAUGGCUCUCGACAUGCUUACCAACAUCGAACAAUUAGAACCCCAAAUUUCACUCGCAUUGCUGGAGUUUGUCUCUCAGGCGCAAGAAAAUUGGCCUUGGGCAACCUUCGAACUUCAGAAGCAUUCGCAGUUCUUCAACAGCAUUGUGCAUUAUGUCUCUAAGCUAAAUAUUUCUUCCUUGCCUGUGGGAGAGCAAAUCUUUGCCACUCAGAUUGCAGCUGUUGUUGCCGACCUUUUCGCGGUCUACCUCCAUUCUGCCAAAGAGAUGCGGGACCGAACAUUACACAAGACGCUAAUUCCGUUGGUUUCCUGGUAUGCUAAGGGUGCUGUCGAGGUUUCAAGAUAUAAUGCAUCUCUACACGCCAAUUUGAGGAGGAAUUUUGAGAUGCGAUACCCUGGGUGCAAAUUGGCCGACUUCAAACGAACGCAAUUACAGCCCCGCUCGUUAGGCAAAGAGUACUGCUACGACAUCCACCUGGGCGAGAAGCUUCUUUCGUAUGACUUUGCCUGGGCCGGCACACGAAACCAAGGGUUUGCUCAGGAGUUUGAACGGGCCAAUCUCAAUCUGUCUCUAGUCGAGGCUCAAGUGCGACUGCUUCAUAGCUGGAAGUUCUUUGCCACGGAGCACUGUGUCGAUUUCAUGGUCGACCGUGAAAUCAAGAGAUCGAUGGCCCUAGUUGCUCAGAGUUGCCUAGAAGCCAACACCGCCGUUACCCCCCAGGAAGCAAUUUUCGAAAAGGUUCAACAGACACGGGUGGAUUUCGCCCAGGUACUGGUCCAGCGGCUCGUUGAGACUGAAGCAAAAGGCUCCGAGGUAUUCGGCUUGCUCGCGGUCGUCUGGGAAGCACUACGCAGUCGCCGCGCAACGUAUGAGGAGGCGCUCAUUCAUGACGACACCGAUUAUUACCGAUCGUUGCUCAAUGUCCUAUUCCUCGCUCUCCAGUUCCACCAUGACCUGCCUAGUCGACCAGUCCCUGAAACCCUCAGCAAGAAGGCCGAAAUCUCAUCUGACCUAGGACUGGUCGUUGAAGUCGUGAAAACGGUGGUUGCUCAAGGGUUCAAGUCUUUGACGACGUAUCUGCACGAGCAGCCUGACAAGUGCACGCCCAAGGACUUUGCCAUUCUCACGGCCAUUUUACAGAGUUGCUUGCAAGUGAAGAACGUCGACCGCUUGUUCGAGCACAUUGUCUACCACAUCGCCGACAACGACAUAGCUCGCCAUGCGACCGCCUUGUUCUCGUGGGCCGAUCAGCUGGCAGUCGCCGGCGAUCCUGUCUAUGGCGACCUCAGUAUCUCUUUCCUCGUCAAACUCUCUACCAUACCCAUGCUGGCUGAACACCUCGCCGUCGAGGCGAUCCUGGCCAGACUCUCCACAUGUCGGUUGACGAACCUCCUCCGACAACCCCAAGGUUUCGGACCGUUGGACCCCGUCCCCCGGAUCUAUUCGAUCUGGACCAACGGUUUCCUUCCACUGUGCCUGAAUCUCCUCUUCCACGUCAUCCGCACGGCGCCCGAGGUUGCCGCGUUCCUCAACCAAUUCGAGGGCCAGCUCACGCGCGCCUCCGAGUCAUUUUCCGCCGGGCGCAAAGCCAUCUCGACAGCCACCACCACGCGCCACAAGAUCACUUCAAGCAUGGCGUCGGAGGCCUACUCGCUGGCCCUGAUAUCUUUCAUUCUCGGUCGAUUCCGCGAAGCCGGACCCAGUGCGGGCGUGGAUGCCGACGCGAUCCAGGACCUCCGGUGGGACAAGGCCCAGGUCAAGGAGGACAUCGAGGAGCUACUGGAGCGCCGAUCGAGCCUUCGGGGCCGAAUCGUCGCCACCAGCGACAAAGAGGUGGAACUGCUACGACAGAAGCCGGCGGAUGCUGCCUCGGGCGCGGAGAACCGACUGGAGGAGAAAAUCGUGAAUGAAUUGAAGGCGGCCCUGGUGUGCCUUGGGGGAGAGGAGGCGUCAUAAUGAUUGAUCAUGUUCAAGCCAUAUUUGUUUUCUUAUUUUCCUGUAUGUUUUCCCUUGGUGAAGGGAAUGCUCUCUAUAAAAAAAUUAGCAUCGUUUGCGAUCGGGCAAUUGGUUUAGGGGGUGUAGAAUUCACUUAUUCUUUGUUAAUCAGAUUACAUAUACAG